AUCCACAACAUCUGUUUGUGAGCCUUGCUUCACUUCCCACCUCUCAUUCCCAAGAGCUCGACUUCUCAUCAAUGGCGACCAACGCCGGCGGUAAUCCGGCGUCUCGCCGGAGCGUUAGGUACGGGAUCAUCGGCGUGGGGAUGAUGGGAAGGGAACACAUGAUCAACAUCUCCCACCUCCGUCAUGAAGGCGUUCUCCUCUCCUGCGUUUCCGAUCCACACCCCUCCUCUCGUGACCUCGCUGCUCAGCUCGGUCUCUCUCUUGAUUUCCCUAAUCUUCAGGUUUUCUCUGAUCACCAUGAGCUUUUGGAUAGUGGUCUUUGUGAUGUGGUGGUUGUAUCCUCUCCAAACAUGACUCAUUUUGAAAUUCUAAUGGAUAUCAUCAAGCAUCGAAAGCCCCAUCAUGUGCUUGUUGAGAAACCAUUGUGUACGACUGUUCAGGACUGUAGAAAGGUCAUAGAUGCAGCUAAGAAAAGGCCUGAAAUGCUGGUACAAGUUGGAUUGGAGUAUAGGUAUAUGCCUCCUGUGGCUAAACUAAUUGAAAUUGUCAAGAGUGGAGCUCUUGGACAAGUUAGAAUGGUGGCAAUUCGUGAGCACAGGUUCCCUUUUUUGGUUAAGGUCAACAAUUGGAACCGUUUUAAUGUUAACACCGGUGGAACUCUGGUGGAGAAGUGCUGCCACUUCUUUGAUCUAAUGAGGCUGUUUGCUGGCGCAAAUCCAGUCUCUGUCAUGGCUUCCGGUUCUAUUGAUGUCAACCAUAAGGAUGAAGUUUAUGAUGGCAAGGUACCGGACAUCAUUGAUAAUGCAUAUGUGAUCAUAGAAUUUGACAAUGGAUCUCGUGGCAUGCUUGAUCUGUGCAUGUUUGCUGAAGGCAGUAAAAAUGAACAAGAAAUUUCUGUUGUUGGUGACAUUGGGAAGGGUGAAGCAUUUAUCCCAGAAAGCAUUGUGCAUAUUGGAAGUAGAUCAGCUGGGAGAGACGGAGUUAAGACAAUAAAAGCAGACGAUGACCGCAUAAGGUAUGAAGGGCUGCAUCAUGGUUCAAGCUACUUGGAACACUUGAACUUCUUAUCUGCUGUUCGAGCUCAAGAUGGCGGUAAACCUACCGUUGGCUUAGAAGAUGGGUUGCUCUCUGUAGCAAUGGGAGUUGCAGGCCAACGAUCAAUCCAAGAACGCCGAUUUGUUUCCAUUGAAGAAGUCUUGUUAGAUCAUUGAAGUCUAUCAAAAUGUUAAAUCUAUGUUGUGUAUGUUAUAUUAUUUCAUGUUCAAAUCUAUAAAUAAAAUGAAGGCUGUACUCAAAUUGUUACACUUGCUUUUAAUUGAAUGAAGCACCUUACACUAUUGUCAUCUUUC